AUGUUUGGCAAACCUACAGAGAAAAACUGCAGCACUCGCUUCAAUAAUCUCAAACUAACAGACAAUGGCUCAUAUUUCUUCAGAAUAGAAGACAGCAGUGGACUGAAAUAUAGCUAUAAAAAACCUAUUUUCUCCCAAGUUGAAAUUGUCGUCAGAGCAUCUCCACCCAAUCCCACAGUGCUUCUGUUUCAGGAUCAGCAGGAGGUGAUGGAGGUGAUGGAGGGAAAAUCAGUGACUCUGAGCUGCUUUAAGAUCUUCUGUCCGUCUUUUCCAUCAUCUCUAACAUGGAGCUCCAGUCCUGAACACCUCAUCAAUGCAAACAUCACAGAACAGAAAAACCAAACACAUCACUACUCUGAUCUGAUGUUCACUGUAACUCAGCAUCAUCACAGAGCUGAAUUCACCUGCACUGCAACACACUAUUUACAGGAGCAGAACACAACACACAGCACCCGACAGCUACAUGUUCAGUAUGCUCCUAAAAGUGUAUCUGCUCAUGUAAGUCCAGCUGGUGUUAUUGUGGAGGGUCAUUCAGUGACUCUGAGCUGCAGCAGUGAAGCAAACCCAGCAGUGAACUACAGCUGGUACAGACACACUGAAGGAGACCUGAAACCAGUGCAGACUGGACCAAACCUGACUGAACCAAAUCUGACCAUCAGUAUCACAAACCUAAUCAAAACAAAUCUGACAGAAACAAACAUGGCCAUUAGCAACACAAACCUGACCGGACCAAACCUGACCAUCAGAAACAUCAACCGGUCUCACAGUGGACGAUACUACUGUAAAGCUGAAAACCAACAUGGGACUCAGAACACAUCAGUGCUGCUGGACGUCCAGUAUCCUCCAGAAAAAACAUAUAUUCAUAUAAACAGUGUAGCAAUGGAGGGUCAUUCAGUGAUUCUGAGCUGCAGCAGUGAAGCAAAACCAGCAGUCAAAUACAGCUGGUACAGACACACUGAAGGAGACCUGAAACCAAACCUGAUCAUCAACAACACCAACCUGACCGAAGCAAACCAAAUCAACAGCAACACCAGUUUGACCGAGCCAAACCUGACAUUGAGCUACUUUAAUCUGACUGGACCAAAUCUUAUCAUCAGCAAUGUAAACUUGGCACACAGUGGACGAUACUACUGUAGAGCUGAAAACCAACACGGGACUCAGAACACAUCAGUGCUGCUGGACGUUCAGUAUGCUCCUAAAAGCGUAUCUGCUCAUGUAAGUCCAGCUGGUGUUAUUAUGGAGGGUCAUUCAGUGACUCUGAGCUGCAGCAGUGAAGCAAACCCAGCAGUGAACUACAGCUGGUACAGACACAAUAAAGGAGACCUGAAACCAGUGCAGACCGAACCAAACCUGAUGAUCAAGAACACCAACCGGUCUCACAGUGGACAAUACUACUGUAGAGCUGAAAACCAACAUGGGACUCAGAACACAUCAGUGCUGCUGGACGUCCACUUUCCACCUAAAAUCUCCAGCUUUUGUAGCCGAGACGACACACUCAGAUGCGUCUGUAAGGUUGACGGGAAUCCUCUGCCUAAACUACAGUGGCGUCUGUCUGGAAAAGCUCUCAAUUCCACUGAAGAAAUGAAGAUAAGUGAGCAAACUGUAGGAAACAAGAGUUUGGAGAGCACCCUGAGCAUCCGUCAGUCUCUCUCAGACUCAUCAGUGCUGCAGUGUUGGAGUGCAAACGCUCACGGAUCCGCCAGCCACCAGUUUCAGCACAUCACAACACAACACACAGGUCUUCAUACUGGAUGUGUGCUGCUGGGAUUCGCCAUCGGAGCAUCGCUCAUCCUCAUCUUCUGUGUUUUGACCGUCUGCAACCAACGAAAAAAGUAUAGAAAACUUGCCGAAAGCACUCGAGACGACUCAUCUGGACUCAUUUUGACUCAAAGGGCCGUCACGUCUAAUGGUCAGUGUGUGUGUGCUGAUAAAAGCUUGCUGUUGCCCACAUCAGCAACUCUUCAUUAUUCCUCCAUUGACUUCACCAACAUGGAGCCGCCAUCAGGAGAAAUCAGAGGACUUUCCACACUGACUGAAGAAUAUGCCACAGUCCGACUCCAUCCUGCGAAUGCACACACAACACCUGACAGCACAAACACACCUGAGAAAAACACACCAUCUGAAGACACACGCAAUGCGAAGAAAAACACACCAUCUGAAGAAGUGAUUUAUGAAAACAUGAAGCUGUAUUAAAGGUUAGUCAGUGUUAAUAGCAUCAAUUGUUCUUCUUUCUUGGCAGAAAAUGUCUAUAAAAUAUACAGAAAAGCAUCAGAAGUAAAUGUAAAAUGCUCUUACUUAAAGUUUUUGUUUUGUUUGUAGUCCAAAUAUCUAAAAAUUCUUAAAUCAAGAAGCAUUUUAUAGACGAGUUACAAAUAUUGUUUUUGUUUUUAGAAAUAUUAUGCCAAAAUUAAAUGG